AAUUCAUCUACUUUUCUAAUCUUAAGUCGCUCAAAUCUCGUUGAAAUAGUUUCAUAUUUACAAGUAAAAAUGUCUAGCGCCAAUAAACCUAUGCCAAAACUUCCAUUAAAAGUCAGAUUUCUCAUUGCAGCUCAUUCCAUGACCGUGGCUGCUUUCAGCCGUCCCGACGGCAGCGCCGUGAACCGACGUCUCAUGAAUCUUUUCGACCCUAAAGCCUCUCCUGCAACAAAGCCUGAUAAUGGCGUAGUGUCUUCUGACAUCAUGGUUGACACCACCCGCAAACUUUGGUUCCGCCUAUACACCACCACCUCCGGUGACCAAAUGGACAUUCCCAUCAUAGUCUACUUCCACGGUGGAGGCUUUGCGUACAUGGCGGCCAAUUCAAUGAACUACGACGACUUAUGCAAGCGACUUGCGCGUGAAAUCCCUGCUGUGGUCGUUUCAGUCAACUACCGUCUCUCGCCUGAGCACCGGUUCCCUUCGCAGUACGUCGACGGUUUCGACGUUUUGAAGUUCAUCGAUAGCUCAGAUAUUGAAGGGUUUCCAGCUUUUGGAACCAGCAAGAAGCCAUUUUUUGUUGCCGGAGACAGCGCCGGUGGUAACCUGGCGCAUCAUGUGGCACUCAAGGCUUGCCAGCACGAAUUUUCCCGAUUGAAGCUUCGUGGAGUUAUAGCUUUACAGCCUUUUUUCGGUGGAGAAGAAAGAACAGAAUCGGAACUCAAACUCGUUGGGGUCCCAUUCAUCUCUGUGAAGCGUACGGAUUGGAUGUGGAAGGCAUUCUUGCCACACGGCUGUGACCGGGAUCAUCAGGUGGUAAAUGUGUUUGGACCAAAUUCUGUCGAUAUUUCAGAGUUACCAUUUCCACCUACACUGGUUGUUAUAGGAGGAUUUGAUCCUUUACAAGAUUGGCAGAAGAAAUACGUGGAGGGAUUGAAUAAAUGUGGAAAACAAGUGUACAGCGUUGAGUAUCCUGAUGCUUUCCACGGCUUUUAUGCGUUUCCCGAGCUGCCUGAAUCACCCUUGCUAAUGGCUGAGCUCAACACCUUCGUGCACAAUCAGUUGACUUGA